AUGCCUUCCGAAGAGACAAAAGAGAGAAUUAUCAAGGCCAUUGACUUCGGACGAACGGUUAUUCACUAUGGCUGGAUUCCUUUGAUCAUCUACAUUGGCUACACACGGAGUAACCCACAGCCUUCUUUGAUCAAGCUGAUCAGCCCCCUCGCAUAA